GACAGUUCAGGGUUUAUGCAGCAAGUCUCGAGUGAUACAUGUGACUCGGAAACAGGAACCAGCAUCAUUCUGUACAAGGCUGCGGUGGGGGAAUGUGUUGUGGAAUCGGCUAGCUGAGCUCCGGCCUCUGGAGGAUGGCGAUCAGUUUGUGGAGUGUGGCCUGGAUUUGGCUGGCUUUGCGACAAAGCCCGAGCGCUGCAAGCCGGGGGCCGAGACAGCAGACAUGGCCAGUGCCGUACAGACGAUUUGAUCAUCGGCCUAAGCCUGAUCCUUUCUGCCAGCCCGUGUACCCAUUCUGCCCUACAGGCUCUCCUGAUGGGGAGAUUCCUCAGAUGAAAGAUCAGGACAUCAUAGAGGUUUAUCGGCUUCAGACUCCUGUUUGGGAGUUCAAAUACGGAGAUCUGCUUGGACAUUUUCAUAUCAUGCACGAUGCAAUUGGUUUCCAGAGCACACUGACAGGCAAAAACUAUACUAUGGAGUGGUAUGAACUCUUUCAGCUUGGGAAUUGCACCUUCCCACAUCUUCGACCUGGAAUUGAAGCUCCUUUCUGGUGCAAUCAGGGAGCAGCCUGUUUCUACGAGGGAAUCGAUGACUUACACUGGAAAGAAAAUGGUUCUUUGGUAAAAGUAUCUGAAAUAACUGGAGACAUAUUCAACAAACUUGCCAAGUGGGUGAAGGAGGAUAACAGAACAGGCAUAUAUUAUGAGACAUGGACUGUUCAAACUGAUCCUUCUCCAAAUGCUACAGUGUGGUUCAAAUCUUAUGACUGUUCAGCAUUUGUAUUGAGAACGUACCAGACUCUGUUUGAAUUAGGUGCUGUCUUUAAGAGCCCUAUACAAACUAACUAUACUAGAAUAUUUCUUUACAGUGGUGAGCCAACCUAUCUUGGAAAUGACACAACAAUAUUUGGACCACAAUGUAACAAGACUUUAGGAAAAGAAAUUACUUCCUUUUAUUUUCCUUUUAGACCACCUCAUUCAUUGAAAGAACUAAUAUUAAGUCUGUUGGAAAUAGUUAAUAAGGUGGUACUGGAGAAGACCUUUUAUCUCUACUUCAAUUUUGAGUAUUGGUACUUGCCAAUUAAAAAACCCUUUGUUAAAAUAACAUAUGAAGAAAUACCUCUGCCAUCUAAAUUGACAGGUGCUUAGCAACAUGUGCAGAAGGAAAACCAAAUGCAAAAAUGUAAGUUUUGGCUCUACUUUUGUGUAUCAAUCCUUUUGUAAGUACUGUGUAUAAAUUCGAAGUUAUUUAAUAUUUUUGUUCCUUCCCUUGUGCAAUAGUAUACAGUUGAAAACAAUUCUGCAUCACAGCUACAGAACAAGAAGAUACAAUAAUAACACUGGUUAAAAUUAUUAACUAAGUUAUUCCAACUCCUCCUCACUUGUGAAAUAGAAUCCUAGAAAAUAGCAGCUAAGGCUUUAGAAGUCACAUAUCCGAGAAUAAUUAACUCCGUGGAAUUGUCUACUUGAUGAAUGGGAUUACAAUUCAGAGAAUUACAUUUAAAAUGUACUGGUUAAUACACCAUCAACUUUGUGCCUGGGGUCAGAAAGGGAAGAAGAAUGUUGUUGUAACUAAUAGUGUGGAACGAAUGAUGGAUGACUAGGAAUGGUGUAUUUCAGAACAAUUUAAUUGUACACUUUGCUGUGUUCUAAAGACAUAUCAUUCAACAUCUUUAUCAAUUCCAAACUAAAGUUGCAACUGUUAUACAUUGGCUGAAUCUUGAGCCAAUGACCUACAAUAAAUAUGCACUGUUAGUUUGGCUUAAUGAAUUUUGACUUGUAGAGGACAUUAUAAAAGUGUAUAUGUGCUCAGAUAUUUACAUUUCUUCUGAAAUUGUACAAAGUCUACUUUACCAAUUUACAUUGUAUUUGUUGUUUAAGCUUCAAAAAUUUAGACUUCAAAAUUGUCCAUAGUUACUCAAGCAGUAAGUCUUCCACAUUAAGUUGCUAAUACUAUUACAGUUAAUGUCUUUCUAUAUCCAUAUGAGUGUCCUUGUAUGGGUAAAAAAAUUGAACAAACACAGAUAUUGAGAGUUUGGAUGUUUUUUUUAUUGCUAGCACAUCAGCUGUGAACUGCAUAAUCAUUACUUGUCUUCCAUGUACCACAGAAAU